GUUCGGGAGCGGGGACAGGGAGGCCGAGCGGAGGGGGUGGUCCACGGAGGCCGAGACUAGGAAGUCCGGGGGUUCCGGGAACGCGCGGAAGCGAGGGUCUGGGGUUGGUGCGGGCGCCGGUGGCGCGCGGCGGGGGGCGGUGUCGUGCAGUGCGGGUCCCCGCGUCCCCGUCCCACGUCCCCGCCCCGCGUUCCCGCGUCCUCGCCACACGUCCCCGCGUCCCCGCCCCGCGUCCCUGCACAGCCGCCUCGGGCCUCGGGCGCCGCAUCCAGCAGCAGGAAGGCAGAAGACCCCCUGACUGCGCUGGCCAUGGCCUCUCCGUCCUCUUUUCACUUGGAGGAGGAGGACAGUCUGAAGGGAUGCGAGCUCUACGUUCAGAAGCACAGCAUUCAGCAGGUGCUCAAAGACUGUAUCGUGCACCUGUGCAUCAACAAACCAGAGCGGCCCAUGAGGUUCCUCCGGGAGCACUUUGAGAAACUUGAGAAGGAGGAAAGCAGGCAGAUCCUGGCCCGGCAGAAGUCGAACUCGCAGUCUGACUCCCACGACGAGGAGGUGUCACCAACGCCCCCCAACCCCGUGGUGAAGGCUCGGCGCCGCCGGGGGGGCGUGAGUGCUGAGGUCUACACGGAGGAGGACGCUGUGUCCUACGUGCGCAAGGUCAUCCCCAAAGACUACAAGACCAUGACAGCGCUGGCCAAAGCCAUCUCCAAGAAUGUGCUCUUUGCACACCUCGAUGACAACGAGAGAAGGUAGGCAGGUGACCCUCUCCUGGCCUCGGGGUGACCUAGGGUCAGGGGUCACGAGGCAGGGUGGCUCCUGUAACACUGGGUCUCCUUGUGACACGCUGGACCUUGUCACAUAAAGACGCAUGGUGCUUCCUUUUGCCCUGGUCACACCAGGACCCACCCUGCCCUCACGGGGACAGGCAGAGCCUCCUGUGUCCAGCAGCCUGGCAGGGACGUGGGAUCUCGGCCACUGGGCGGCCGUCCAUGCCACUUGGGAGCCUGUGAGCCUCGGAGGGUUCAGAUGCAUGCUUGGGAAGUCGACCCUGUUGGUAGCGGGAAAAAUCAGGAGAUUUGGAUAAAGCAAAAAGUAGAAAUGUGGCUGGGGGACUCUCUCAUGCCCCGAAGUCACUGGGCAGUGGUGUUACCAGCCUUGGUGACAGUUCCCUGGUCACCGGGAAUACGUUGUGUCAGGGUUGCUUGGCCUCCUGGGAAGCUCCUGAGCCCGGUGGUGACCUGUGUGGGGACAAAGGUUUGGGCUUAGAUUUAAAAGGUACCUUCAGCCAGGGCCACCAACAUGGGAGGUCUGUGGUGACAGCCCGGCCCAGAAGGCGUCCAGGCCACAGCAAAAUACCUGAGGUACACUGGGGACACCCUUGAGCACUUCGUUCACAGCCCAGUCUCGACUCCAUGCAUUUCCUCAGACGGACUCUGCUCUGUGCUCAUUUGUCACGCUGGGUGUGUCCUGAGCACGUCCGUCAGUCAUCACGAACAGAGGCUUUUUCUGUGCGCGUGGCGCUGGGGUUUGAACUCAGGGCCUCUCACGUGCUAGGCAGAUGCUCUGCUGCUUGAGC